GGUGGAAGACUAGCUUUUACAAUACUCGGUUUGCAUGUACUGAAAGUCAUCUGUCUUCUGAGUCAACAUUCCCGGCCUGGUAAAGAACCUGAUCAGGGCUCUGGUGAACAAGCCGUAGCACCUCUUCUGCCUGUGAGCGAUUUGUCACUUCCUUCUGUAAGACUGGCACCAGCAGACAUGCAGUCUCAGAGGAUCCCGGGGAGGAAGCGAGGCCGACCCCCACUUCACUCAACACCUAUGAAGAUGGCAGUUCAUAACCUUUAUUCUGCUUCAGCUGGUUCUUUACCAGCAGUGAAGAUCCCAAAGAAAAGAGGGCGGAAACCCGGGUACAAGCUCAAGUCUCGUGUUCUCAUGACUCCUUUAGCCCUCUCACCUCCUCGGAGUACGCCGGAGCCCGACCUCAGCUCUGUCCCUCAGGAUGCGGCCACCGUCCCCAGCUUGGGGGCCCCUCAAGCUCUCACAGUCUGCCUCUACAUCAACAAGCAAGCCAACGCAGGGCCAUACCUGGAGAGGAGGAAGGUGCAGCAGCUCCCCGAGCACUUUGGGCCUGAGCGGCCCUCGGCGGUCCUGCAGCAGGCCGUGCAAGCGUGCAUCGACUGUGCCCACCAGCAGAAGCUGGUCUUCUCCCUGGUCAAGCAGGGCUAUGGUGGCGAGAUGGUGUCAGUCUCGGCAUCCUUUGAUGGGAAACAGCACCUGCGGAGUCUGCCCGUGGUGAACAGCAUUGGGUAUGUCCUCCGAUUCCUCACCAAACUGUGCCGAAGCCUCCUGUGUGACGACCUCUUCAGCCACCAGCCCUUCCCCAGGGGCUCCAGUGCCUGUGAGGAAGCCCAGGAGAAACAGGAGGGCAGGAUGGAGUCAGCAAAAGCAGUCACCACUGACGAGUGCCUGGUGAACCCUGUGAGCAUGAACCGCUACAGUGUGGACCCCUCCACCUCCGCCUUUAGCCACAGAGGCUCGUUGCCCACCUCCUCCUCGCUGUACUGCAAGAGGCAGAACUCUGGAGACGGCCACCUUGGGGGAGGCCUGGCCACCAACACCAGUGGUCCCCGCACCAGCCCCAUGUCCUCUGGAGGCCCCUCAGCACCUGGGCUGAGGCCCCCAGUCUCCAGCCCUAAGAGAAACGGGACCUCUCUAGAAGGAAACCGAUGUGCCUCAAGCCCUUCUCCAGACGGGCAGGACGCCAGGCGGCCGAGGAGCAGGAACCCCUCCACCUGGACCGUGGAGGACGUGGUCUGGUUCGUGAAAGACGCCGACCCGCAGGCUCUGGGGCCUCAUGUGGAGCUCUUCAGAAAGCAUGAGAUUGACGGCAAUGCUCUCUUGUUGCUGAAGAGUGACAUGAUCAUGAAAUACUUGGGCCUGAAGCUGGGACCUGCGCUGAAACUCUGCUACCAUAUUGAUAAGCUGAAGCAAGCCAAGUUCUGAAGGUUUUGAGAAGAUAGAAGCAAAAUCCAGAUAAGAGAUCUCAAGAUCAUCUUCUGCCUUACCAACAUCCAGCCACCAUCACAGAAUAGAUUCUCUUCUUAAAAAUAACAGCCACAAAGACUUGGUCUUUUUAUAAAACUUGUGCAUCUUUGCUUUUUAAAAAAUUCAACAUGGCCCUUUUGAAAGGCUCCUCUGUAUUAAUGAUUUGCCAAAAAAUUGCAAAAAAGCCUAUUGUUUUUAACAUUCUUGAUAGGUUGGUUGCUCUUAGAGUGGGUCCUGUUUUUAUAAUGAGAGAAUGGGGAACCGGAUGCCAUCGCUCAAGGAGAAGGAUCUCAAAAGAUAUGAGAAGGACUUUUGUCUCUGCAGGCUCUGCAGGGACACCCACCACAGCACAACCUGUCUUUAACUCUGACCCGGCGACCUGUCAUUGUGAGCCUUGUUUGAUUCAGCUCUGGAAGCUGUCUUCUGAGGAUAAACGCCUCACCUUGCACUAUCUGGAAAACUUGAAUUCUUUUGCUCUCUGAAAGAGAGGAAAAAAAAUCUUUUCUAGUCUUA